AUGAAGUUGGAAUACCGAGUAGAAUUGCCAGAUCAUUAUUGGGUUGUUGCUGAAAGGCAUAAACUGAUCCCUUCAGUUUAUACAGUAUUAGACAUACAAGAAGAUAAAUAUAGACAAGCUGAAGCAGUAACAUAUUCAGGUCCAAUGUUUAUAAAAAUUCGUAGCAGCAAACAUGAUAGUAGUACUGCUUACUCUCAUGGCAAAGACUUUGAUGAUCUGAUGCCUAAACCUGUAGUGGUAAUGAUAAGUGAUGGUGGACCCGACGAGAAUCCAUGCUAUAGAAAAACAGUUCAGAUAAUAGUAGAUCACUUUAUUAAAUAUAAUCUUGAUACCAUCAUUAUGGUAUGUUAUGCAUCACACCAGAGUGCAUUUAACCCAGUAGAAAGACAAAUGGCACCCUUAAGCUAUGACUUAGCUGGUAUAAUCCUCCUACAUGAUACCUUUGAAUCAAAUUUGGAUGCACAGUUAAAGACAAGUGAUGAGGAAUUGGAAAAAUACAAUUUCAAAGUGGCCAGAGAUGUUUUAAUAUCAGUGUGGGAGAAUACAAUUAUCGAUGGUUAUCCGGUACUUGUUAAGUAUAUAGAACCUUCUGAAGAAUCCUACUGCCCAAAUGAAAAAUCAGCAGCUUGGAUGGAAAAACAUGUAAUAACUUGUCAUUAUAUGACUCAAGUCAUAAAGUAUGAUGAUUCAAGCUGCUAUAAACCUUUUUGCAGCGGAAUCAAACAGGUCCUUCCAAAUCGCUUUUUCCCACCACCACUUCUGCUCCAACAGAAGCUUCAUAGUAUUUGUACAGCAAGCAUGGGCAUAUCCGAUAAUACAACUCACUUUGGUGGCUUACUUCUCUCUGUAUUAAUGGAAGGAAAGUUAACUCCUCCAGGCACAGAUCUAAAGUAUUUUCCCUUCGAUUAG